AAGCAUGGGCCAAAAACAGUGACUGCCCUCGUUUGCGACUCAGAUCCUUUCUAUUGAUUAUUUGCCCUUGAAUCGCACUGGCCCUUGCGCAGUUGCAUCACUGUCUUAUUGAAGGCAAAACAUCUGUUCACUGCCAACUUUAGACUUGCUCCCAAACCUCAUUUUCUGAGGCUAAGCUGAAAUCUGACCCUACGAACAUCGGUAAAUCGACUGUGUCCAUCCCCUAGACGUCAUACGACAUGGCGGAAAGAUACAUCCCCGAGCAUCGCCGGACCCAGUUCAAGGCCAAGGGCAGUUUCAAACCAGAUGAACUACGUCGCCGUCGGGAGGAACAACAGGUAGAAAUUCGUCGCCAGAAGAGAGAAGAAAAUCUAGCCAAGCGAAGAGGAAUUCAACGUGGAGAUGGAGAGAUUGGAAUCGGCGGGGUCACUGAGGCGGAUAGCGAUGAUGAGGCUGGCAACAUCGAGAGCGAGUUGAGCACAGAGUUGCCAGAAAUGGUACGAGGGGUCUUUUCAGACCAGAUCGAUGCCCAGAUCCAAGCCACCACCAAGUUCCGAAAACUUCUUUCUAAGGAACGCAAUCCUCCCAUCGAGAAAGUCAUCGAGACUGGUGUCGUCAGCCGCUUCGUUGAAUUCCUUCGCUCUCCCCAUACCCUCGUUCAAUUCGAAGCGGCCUGGGCCUUGACGAACAUUGCCUCUGGAUCUGCGGCGCAGACACAGGUUGUUAUCGAAGCCGGUGCUGUUCCUAUCUUCGUCGAGCUUCUCAGCAGCCCUGAACCAGAUGUCCGCGAACAAGCAGUUUGGGCCUUGGGAAACAUUGCUGGUGACAGCCCUGCCUGUCGUGAUUAUGUGCUCAGUCAGGGGGCUUUGAAACCUCUCCUCAACCUCAUCGCCGAUGGUCGCAAAUUGAGCAUGCUCCGAAAUGCUACCUGGACUCUGAGCAAUUUCUGCCGUGGUAAAACACCACAACCAGACUGGAACACUAUUCAACCCGCUCUCCCUGUCCUCUCCAAACUUGUCUACAUGCUUGACGACGAAGUCUUAAUCGAUGCUUGUUGGGCCAUCUCGUACCUUUCUGACGGCUCUAACGACAAGAUCCAAGCCGUUAUUGAAGCUGGCAUUCCUCGCCGACUCGUCGAACUUCUUAUGCAUGCCUCUACCUCCGUCCAAACCCCCGCCCUCCGGUCCGUCGGCAAUAUUGUUACAGGAGACGAUGUUCAGACCCAGGUCAUCAUCAACUGCGGAGCACUGCCCGCUCUGCUCUCGCUACUCAGCUCUCAGAAGGAUGGAAUCCGCAAGGAAGCCUGCUGGACAAUCUCAAAUGUCACUGCCGGCAACUCCACCCAGAUUCAGUCUGUGGUUGAUGCGGGUAUCAUUCCUCCUUUGAUUCACCUGCUGUCCAACGGCGACUUCAAGACCCGCAAGGAAGCAUGCUGGGCCAUCUCAAAUGCUACAUCGGGAGGCCUUCAAAAGCCUGAUCAGAUCAGAUAUCUCGUUUCCGAAGGCUGCAUCAAGCCACUGUGCGACUUGCUCGCCUGCCCCGACAAUAAGAUUAUCCAGGUUGCGUUGGAUGGGCUUGAGAACAUUCUCAAGGUGGGAGAAAUGGAUAAAGAGGCUGCUGAUGCCCGCGCUCCAGAGGCACAAGUCAACCGAUAUGCAUUGUUCAUCGAAGAGGCUGGUGGUAUGGAGAAGAUCCAUGAUUGCCAAAACAAUGCCAACGAGGAGAUCUACAUGAAGGCUUACAACAUCAUCGAGCGGUACUUCUCAGAUGAAGAAGAUGCUGGGGCCGAUAUUGAAGAACUGGCGCCUCAAGCCAACGCCAGCGGCUUUACGCUCGGGUCCAACCAACCUCAAGGACAAUUUAACUUUGCCAACGGCAACGACUCCAUGGACAUGUAAGAGCUUAAGCAAUAUGGACUUGCAGAUUGCGCACGAAACCUUCAGUCACUCCCGGUCAUGCUCGGUCUUGAGUGAGCUGUCUUGAGUGAUGCAGCUCACAGACGAGCCCAGUCCCAUAUCGACAGGUCGUCGGGAGACAGCCCCAGCCCACGCAUAUCGCUGAAACAACACGUUGAAACCGCAGCACUCCGAUAUUUCCACCCCAGUCAGUCAUCGAUCCCGAUCCCCACAAAGACCACCGCGCUCCACAAACCUUCAGUACGACUCCAAG